UUUAAACUGAAUGCAACGAGUACCAUAAUUUGUGUAGAGACCUGUAUUAUAAGACUCUUUCCGUUAAUCGUUCAAAUAGACACCUGAUAAAGAGAAUUCAUAUGCAUAAUUACAAAAACGAAAACCAAUACAAGCUUAUCCAUAAUAUCAAUCUACUUAGACACUUCAAAAACCAGAAAUGCGUCCCAAUUCUUCCUAACCUAGACAACCUUCAGUAUAAGUUGUUCCAAGACCAUCUUCAGCAUCUAAUGAUAAGAGAGCUUUUUCUAAUUAGAAGUAACCAUCAAGAUGUUCAUUUAAAGAAUUAAAGAAUUCUACAUAUAUUCAACCAUAAUAAGCUACACCUUAAUCAAGAUAUUAUUCAUUGAAAUAGGUUCCAGAUAAUAAUCUUGUCAAAUCUUAAUCUAAUUAACAGUUGGCAAACAAAUAAAUUGAUUAAUCAGAAUAUAAAAAAUUACACGAAAAAUUGUUAUUUUUAGAAAACAAGAUUAACAAAAUUAAAUCUAAUAUUGAAAUUAGUAAUUCUUAAUUAUAGAAAUAAACAGAAAGAGCAAAAUAAAAACCUAUCGGUUUAGCAGCUAAAUUUUUUUAGAAAAAAGAUUAAGAAAAUUGUGAACCUAAAGAAAGUACUACACCAAAAGAAUUAACAAAAUGUGCCACAGCUUUAAAUCUAUAACUUAAUAAAGCUUUAAAAUAGAGUUAAAUUGCAAAAGAUUAAUAAUCAAGCAUAAAUUUAGAUCAAUUUGUUACAUAAGUUAAAUAAAUAAAAAAACCAAUCUAAUAAUAACAAUCUUAAUUGAGUAGACAUUAAUCUUUAGAAAUUAAUUAAAGUACUAUUCCAAUUACUAAGGCAGUUAUAAAUGAAAAAUCACAUUCAUCACAAAAGUCUAAAAAAGAUGAUAAUGUAAUUAUUAAAAUUACUCUAGUUUAUGUAUUAUAUUUCAAGUGUUGUACGAACAUUAGUUUAAGAAUAAGUGAGCAAAAAUGAUGAAGUUAUAAGAGAUCAUAUUGUUUAAACUAUUUAAGUAAGUAUUUUAAUUAGUAAAUUAGGGUUUGGAAUAUGCUAAAAAUUUAUAAUUAUAAUUUUAAGAUGAUAAAGUUAUAAAUUUACCGAAAUCUAAUCAUCUCAAAACUUUAGUAUUUGAUUUGGAUGAAACUUUGAUUCAUUGUAAUGAAAGUAUUGCAGUACCUGGAGAUAUUGUCUUACCUAUUACUUUUCCUACUGGAGAAACUAUUUAAGCAUCCAUCAAUAUUAGACCUUUUGCUUAAUAAAUUCUUUAAACUUUAUCUCGACAUUUUGAAAUCAUUGUCUUUACUGCUUCCCAUUCAUGUUAUGCUAAUAUUGUUUUAGAUUACUUAGAUCCGAAAAAACAAUUGAUCAGCCAUAGGCUAUUUCGAGAUCAUUGUUUAUAAACUGAAGAAGGUGCAUAUGUUAAGGAUUUAAGGUAUUAUCAUUAUUUAUCUAUAGAGUCUUAGGUAAUAGAAAAUUAUCUAAUAUUCUCUUGAUUGAUAAUGCUAGUUACUCAUUUGGGUAAUAAAUUGAUAAUGGAGUUCCUAUUAUUGCAUAUUAUGAUAAUAAAUAAGAUUAAGUAAACUAUUUAUUCUAAUCUAGGAAUUAUUAUACUUAUAAAACUAUUUAAUGAAAUUUAGAAUGGUCACUGAUGUUAGAGAACUCAAUUCAUAAUUAUUAAAAAUCAACUCUUUUACAAAUUAUUAAGAUCCUUUACAUUUAGUUUCAGAAUUAUUUCCUGAUUAAUUACCAAAAUGA